UGCUUACAUAUCUUGGUGGCCUGCCUUUUUUCAGGGUGCAACAAAAGACUGUUUUUCAGCCCUCUUUCUGAGGUGGUCUGCUUCAGGCUGACCAGGGCCAACACACCCACUGCUGACAGCAAAUUCACACCUUCCAUUACAGCAAGCCUCUGAUUGGUGGGUCGAAUCAGCCCACAUGGGCUUAAGGUAUGUUCAAUUCAUUAUCAUUCAUUAUCAUGCUGAUUACAUAGAAGCUGAAAAUGUAUCUGACUGCAUUUCUUGCAUACCUAAGCAAGGAUGUGUGGAAUCAACCGGGCCAGGCUGGGGCCGACUGGAGCUAACCGGGCAGGGCCGACCAGGUACAGAUGGGAAUGGCCCAUAACUGUCAAGCAUAAAACUGCUGAGAGCGCUUCAUGUGAGAUGGAUCUAGUGCAAAGAACUUCAUAAACAUGUUUUGCAUCAACAUUAGAAAUGCAACUUAAUUAAAAUUGUCAUCAUAUGUCCCCUUUUGGGGGGAAAGUAACAUCCUAAAACUUGGCUUGUUUGUAGGCUGCAUUUUCCAAAUUCAUCAGCUCUUACUUGAGCUUACAUGCUGAGAUAACCAUUAGCUUUUGAAGCGUUUGUAAACAUUGAAAUGGAGAUCACAGUGAUUCAUGAUUUAGAAAUAACUACCAAAUGCAAUCUAGCCAAAUCAAAGGUUUGUUCACAUCAAACUGGAAGUCACAAUGAUUAUUUUACCUCAUGAUGCUGCAGGUAUUUUUGUAGCAACACAACACAAUCUAAUUAUUUACAUUGUUUGCUAUGUUUGGGGUCAUACCAUACCACUUUAUUUAUAUAGCGCUUUCAACACGGCAUUACAACCAUACAAAGCGCUGCACAAAAAACAAGCAAGAAAACACAAGUAAAAAAAAUAGUCAGGUAGAUGGAAAAUGUAAAAAGGAGCAAAAGAAAUAUAAACAACAGACUAUUAACAGUAAAAGCAAAUAAAACCAGUAAAAUCAUUGCAAGCAUGUUGCACAAAAAGUGGGCUUUGAGGUGUGCUUCUGUUGUUGGCCUUUAUUAUUCAAAGCAAGCACAUGAGAGGAACAAGUGACCUCCUUUUCAUUCUUAGGCAGCAAAGGAAAGGUGUGUCCUUUCAGAUAUGUCUACACAAAUCACACACCAACGUCUGCUCCAUGCAAUACACAAUCAUUGCAGGAAUAAAGCAAGAGCAUUUGCAUUGUGUGAUACCGGGCUUUUUGUGUUUUCACACAGAGGUUGGAUUUCAUUCCACUGACAUAUCUGCAGGCAUCUUCACUUUCAUCACUUAACCCCUGCAUUCAGUGAGGAGGGGAUUUGUUGUGCAGAUGGUGAGUUUGUACUUGGUGUUACAAAAGAUAAUUAGAAACGGAAUUAAUUGGUUUGAGAAGAAGUGAGGUUUUUCUUGCUGUUUAUGGAGACACUUCAACAAAGUAAUCACAUCAUUUAUUAUAACACUUGGUAAUAGUCUAAAUUUGGACCCAUCAAAGUGUCAGUCAAGCACCAACUCUACUAGAUCCAAUACAUUUAAAUCUAAUAGAAAUAACUACUCUGCUGACACUAAUUUGAUCAUGGUCUCAUUGUGUUUCAUUUUUGUCUUCAAAGAAUUUAGAUUGAUUGACUCUUAAAAUAGAUUUUCUCCAUAUUUGUCCUGUAAAACAUUUAUCAUAUUCAAAGUAGAAAGCCUUUUAAAGCUCUCAUUCACUCAUUAUUUCAACACAUUAGCUGUGGUCUCUAGUAUGAAUGAAUUCCUUGUCAGUGUUUUAGGGUGGUAAAAAAGCUCUGAUUCUCCUGUUUGAGGUAGUAGAAGUAAGGUAGAGGAGCUCAGGGGUGGGAAACUGCAGGGUUUGAGUUCUUACUCCUUAAUAUUCAUGAUAUGCAAACAUCUAGCCUCUGAUUGGCUAACAGCAAUGUGACUCUUAAGCAACCUUUGUUGGCUCUUUUUUCUUGAGUAAUAAAAACAACAGUGAUGAUUUAUCUCCACAAGUAACACAACCCUGAAGGAGUUCUGACGUGUUGUGGAGUUGCUAAUGCUAACGGUUAGCUUCUACUAGCCAAGAUGCGCUCUGCUUUCUCCUGGAUAGCAAACCGACAACAGCUUUCCACGUCGUGAGCCAAGAUGGGUGAGUCCAUGAUUGCUAACCCUGAGUGGCUUUUUAUGACCCGAGUGUUUCCUUGUCUACUUACUAUCGGCGGCUAACACAGGGAAUAGACCCCAGAAGACUGUUUUCACAUUCAGGCUGCAUACUAAACGCAGAGUGACCAAUCAUGUUUCACAAAGAAACCAUUGAACCAUUGAACAUCCACUUCCAAGCUGUAAUGGGGAAAAACAAAGUUGUAGUGUACAAUAUAAAUUAAAAUGGCCACUAUGCUUUUUAAAAUCAAAAUUGUCCUUCACUCAUUCACUAAAUUAGGGAAAAAUAAACAAUCCGUUCCUUUUUAUUAGCAAAAUUUCUUAUUUUCGUAUUGCUACAAUGAUAAAUCGAACUUUAAAUUGAUCAAGCCUUGUGUGUUAUUUCAGUUUUUAUUUUUUUUGUCAAAACAAAAUUCCCCUGCAUAAAUUGCAGUGAUGCACACAAUUAAUAUAGCCCAGCGCUGAAAAACAGACAAUGAUUUUCCCUGUAUUUGUGUGUGUAAGUCAAUUCAUCUGCUGCACAAAUCAACACAGCAGUGGUGGGGUGACGGUAGCAGAGGAGUUUAGCUCCCGCCCUGCUGCGGGAGGGUUGCAGGUUCGUGUCCCAUCUGUUGCUGUCGUUGUGUCUUUGGGCUUUGGUAUUAUCUUCUUAGACCAACUUUAAACAAUAACUUUUAAGUUGUAUUGCUUUUUCUUUGCUAGCAUUGGGAUUGCUUCUUAUUGACUAAUACUUUUGAUCCUGGAUGUCCAUCAUGUGACCCAUUAGGUUGAGAAAAAUUAUAAUGUCUGGCAGGCAGAGGGUCUUCUCUUGAAAUCUUGAAAGGACAUGCAGUUUGUACUUGUAACAUCCUUACUUUGCUGCUGUCAAGUUACUGUCUGAUUCAGUUGAAAACUGGGCGGUAGGAAAGAGAAAUGAUAUACUCCUAAUAUUCACUUCCAGAUAAAACCUGUUUAUCUUUCCUCUUUUAAAGGGGUACUUUACAACUUUUUCAUAUUUUAAAAUCAUUUUCAUGGGCCAGUACAUGCUAAAAUGACCCUUUACAGGCUUAAUGAAAGAAUGCCCAGCCCCUAUCGCCUUCUGUGGCCAGAUUAUUCCACUUGCAACUUGAGAGUGCUGGUCCUGUAUGUUGGAGCUGACAUAUCUGGCGCUUCAGUCUGGUUCCGGCACAUUUCCUGCAUGUUUUGGAUCAUGAGCACAGCUGAGUUGUUUAAUUUGUUGAUAAGCCACUCAUGUAGACACCAAAGAAGGUUGGGGAGACAUUUCAGCUGUUAGAUUAAGGUUUCAAAAAGACAAAUGCACAGCGAGGAGAUAGAUUUUGCUUUUGGCUCUACAAACAGACACUGGGGGGUGCCAAAAGCAAGCUAAAACUGCCUAGUUGCUCUUUAAAGACAGUCUGUCAGGCAUUCAGCUUUAGAAAAUUUCUUCUUUUCAAACUUUCAAAAACAUGCUAAAACAUGUAUAUUAAUAUUGAACCUUCAUCUGGACUCUUGGUUAUCUCUAAACACUAAUUACAACUGAUUCAAUUCAUCCUUAAUAUUUUGCAAGGAUGCAAAAAACUCACACCUCUCCCUUAAUACUUGGAAAGUUUAAAAAUAGGCAAAAACACAACCGUUGAUGCUUUUGGACUGUGUGCUUUUUUUGGUAUUUGUCCAGGAUUUUACCCGUGCUGCGAGGUUUAUUAAACAAGCCAAGAAUAGUUUUGUCCAAGGCUUAAGGGACGUGGCUGGCAUUUACAAAGAUGGGUGAUGAAUGGAGCUUGUUUUGGCAUAACUUUUCCUCACGAUGUGGUGAUCAGUUUUCCCUGAAACAAACAGCUGUUGUUGAUCCAGAGUUAUAGAGGGCUGAAGGAAGGCCGGAAAUAAUUGAUGUGAUAAUCGGAGCGCUUGGUGGACAUUGAGAGGCUGAUUUGUACGUUCAUAACAAACAAACCCUUCCGCUGUUGAUAGUCAGUUUAAAAUGUUAAUCUUUGUUCUUUUUAUUAACAUCAUCAAGCAAAUGUUAUAUUGUCGUCAAACAUAGCAGGUGGGGUGUUUGGGUAAAAAACACGUAUAAAUUAGUGUUCUAAGUGUGAAGACACAGAGUGCUCGGAACUCACCGCAAACCACCACUUCCUGUUUGCUUAAGUGUCUUUUCUGAUAGAUUCACAUCAUGUCUCUACCAUAUCAACGCAAAGCUGUUCUAAAAAUGCCUCGUGCUUUCUAAUCUCAUCUGUGACAUUUGCUCCAUGUUUUAAUAACAUGUUUAUUACUAAUGUCAAACAACUGAGAAAACCUUGUGUUUGUAGUUUAAACGUGUUUUUCUUUAGAACGACUACUCGCUGGAGGAAGAGGGGGAUGAGGAGGGACAUGGGGCACUUGCUCCAGCCUAAACCCUUCUCCUUACCUCCCACAGUUGGUUUUAUGAGCUUUUUUUUUACAGCAGGGAGAACAAAUUACUUCACAGUCAGUAACUUUGACUGCAUAACUGACACAGUUAAAAGACUCACAAUGCAUUGUAAAUAUUUUAAUGGGACACAGAGAGAUGUGAACUUUAUCUCUGAGCUGCCAUACAGAUUUUAAUCGCCUUGCCUGGCCCAUAUUGUAUGGUCAAAGUCUAAAGUGGGUGCAUACCUGUUGAGCUGUUUACUUCUGCCUCUGCAGGAGAAACCUGUUGAUCGUCUUUCAGGCCGUUCUAGGUGUGGCUUUCUUGUUGGCCCUCUCUGCUCCUCCCUCCACCCCCACACAACCUCAUCCAAUCCCCUCCACCAUCCCAACUCACCUGAAAGGAUUUGCAUACUGGCCGCUGAUUGGCCAGGUUAAGGCAAAGCGCCUCGAGCCGUUUCUACCAAUGGCGACAGUGCUGCGUGACUCAUAGGGAGAGGACAAGUUGCUUCACUACACUUCUCCUUUUUCUGUUUCAAACAGCAGCCAUUGCAUUCUCUUGAGUUUCCUCCCUCCUGUUGUCCAAUUUAGUUUUGUCACUGUGAGAAAGACGUGUUGGUCCAGUCCACCCGUCUUUUUGACAGCAUUCUCCUCAUCUUGGAUUAUCCCAGUUCCGCCUUCUGUUUGUUUUGUCUUUAUGUUUCCAAUGGUUUCUGCGAUCGACACUUCGAUUGCCAUAAUGGAUCUUGUCACCCGAACCCUGUGUCUUUGAGGUGUAGAUGCUCCAGGCGCAGUGGGGCCCAGCCUCUGUGUCAGAGCGGGACGAGGCUGCUCCCACCUGGGCCACAGCACGCCACUGAACCACACGACGAAACACAGAGGCCAUUUUGCGAGGUGAAGCUGAGUGAAGCAGAGAAGGCGGAGGAGUAGUCACAGUGGAGAUAUUUUAGUCGACUCCCUGCCCUCUGAUCUGCACCGCGAUGACGACUGCGGUCCAGCCCAGCGAACUGGUGUUUGAAUUUGCCAGCAACGGGAUGGAUGAAAUCAGUCAGCUGGAUGAUCCGUCGGUAUUCCCAGCUGUGAUUGUCGAGCAGGUGCCUGCGACCGACCUGUUGCAGGUCUACUCAGGCCUCGAUUCUGAUGAGGUGGCGAAUGGCAUCAUGGUGGAUACCACUCUCCAUGUAGUGGAGGAGCCCUCCAUCCUAGCAGGGGGUGUGGACCUUUCAGAAACGAACGUGUCUGGUGCAGAGGACAGCAUGGAGACGAACGAAGCAGCAGCAGCUCUGCUCAAUAUGGAGUCUCCCAACAACAUCUUGGAUGAAAAGCGUAUGAUCCACACCUACAAUGCCCUGCUGGAGUCAGAAAUGGCAUACGCCCCGUUGAGGCCUGACCAAAUGGACAACGUUUCUCUUGACGUGUCCCUAGAUGAGGAGACGUCAUCCAUGGAUGAAAUUCCUCACAAGUAUCCCUUAAAACCUCAGAAAAAAACCAAAGUGCGAAAGCCGCGGGCGGUGCGUCCCUGCUCUCCUAUCACCACCCCUAACCUGCCACUCAGGAAGAAGAGCAAAGAGGGCAAAGGCAACACCAUCUACCUGUGGGAAUUCCUCCUGGCUUUACUCCAAGAUAAGAACACCUGUCCCAAAUACAUCAAGUGGACACAGCGCGAAAAAGGCAUCUUUAAGCUGGUGGACUCCAAGGCUGUUUCAAAGCUUUGGGGCAAACACAAGAACAAGCCUGACAUGAACUACGAGACCAUGGGGAGGGCUCUCAGGUACUACUAUCAGAGAGGCAUUCUGGCUAAAGUGGAGGGGCAGCGGCUGGUCUAUCAGUUUAAAGAGAUGCCGGCGGACCUGGUGGUGAUUGAGGAUGAGGACACGGGUUCUGAUGUCAGUGAGAACCAGAGAUCUGCCAACGGGAGAUCCGGGGUGCGCGGAGGGUCGAAAGGCCACGGAAGGGCUCACAGCGGACACCACAUCUCAGUGAAACCGAUGAAAAAAGAGCAAAUUGAUGAUCUUUACCAGGAAGCUGGACAGGCUGAGCAGCUCCUUCGCUCUGUUCACCUUUUGCAUGAGAAUCAAGGAUCAAGCAUUCAUGAUGCAGCUCAGGCUGUGAGGACCAUCAGCACUCCUGUGUCGGUUCCAAUGAUGCUGACAUCUUCCGGCUCCAUGCAGUCUGUUCCUCUCACAACUGUUCUGGCCAACGGGGACUCCAGCCACUCCUCCCCUCCUCGGGUUAUCCUCCACACCAUCCCCUCCACGACUGCGGGUGGUAAAGAAGUUCUCACCAUCCAGACAGCCUCUUUAGCAGGUGGAGCCAACAGCAUGCAGGACAGCCUCCCGCAGCAGCUUCUGGUCACCAAUCUGGGCCCCUGUUCCAUUUCCUCCGCUGCCUCCCAUUGUACUUCCCCUCCAGGAGUCAUUAGUUCCACCACCUCCAGCCUCAACGGUCUCCCCCGCCUCGUCACCAUCAACACCACCAAUGGGCAGACCAUGGUGGCGCAGCAGCCUGGCACCGUAAUUGCCACUGUGCUGAAAUCCAGUGACCUCUCUGGGCUGCCGGUCAAAGAGGAAAUGCUUGACCCCAGCUACUUUCAUUCGAUGGUGAAUGGCGAUCCAUCACUGGCGGCACAUACGUUUGAGAAAGAAGAGAUGGAGGUGGGGGAGGCCGAGCUGCAGUACAGGACUGUUAUCAUCGAUACCAGUCAAAGCCACGGGGUUUCAAAUGAAACGAUAAUAAAUGGACAUUACUCCCAAAGCGGCAGCCCCAGUGAGGGCCUGACCCCCGUGGAGGAGCUGGAGGUGCGUGGGGAGAUGUCCCUGCAGCCUGAGCAGGGAAUCAAAAGCCUGCAGGAGCUGCCGCUGUCUGUUCAGCUGCCUGCAAAUUUUAUCCAGAUAAAAACCGAGCCUGCAGAGGCUUAGAGCUGUGGGACUCUUCCACACAAACCAUUAAGUAACAGUUGAAUUUAUUGUGACCAUAGACUCGAUAUUCUUGUUUUUUUUCUUCCUACCGCGAAGAUCUGAUUGAAAAUCAGAAGUGAGGGAUCUUGCAUCGUGUUGCUCCUAAACGUUGGUCAAUUCAGCCUCAGGAUUUAUUGUUUACUCACAUUUUGUGACAAUGUGCCUAAUUUCAAAAAUCUAGGGAGUAAUUAGUUAUUUUUUCAUAAGUUAGCUGUCAGAUUUAAGUAUGAUCUCCUGCAGACACAAAUCUCAACACAAACUGCUUCUGUAGCAGCUAUUGGAUGAGUUUGGGAUCUCUGUCUACCAAAUGUGCCAGUUAGUUAGUUUUUUUUUUUAAACUUUCGUCUAAUCGAACUCAACAGAGGAGAACCAAAAACGAGGACUGAAUGCCAAACGGUGACGUGUCUGAAGACUGAAGCGUGGGUAUAUUUUCUCCUUGGACUUUCUGAGGGAUAAAUGUUGGUUAUAUCUGAUCUUCAAAAAGGAAAAAAAAAACAGAAAGACAUCUCAGAGUUUAAUUGAAGAGUGCCUUAUGACAUGUUUAGACAACUCAAGAGUUAGUGGUUGAUUUUUCUUUGUUUCAGACAGUUAAGUACUUACUAUUCAUUUGUUUUGCUAUAAACAGAGUAUGUAUGCAAAUACUCUGGAUUAGAUUUUGCCUUAAGACAUUGUGCUACUAUGUAAAUGGGCAUUUUCUGUCCACCAAGGAUGGCGUAACGUCAAGACUUUGUAUAGAGCUACAACCUGGAGGCACGACAACACAGGGGAUGGAACAGAGGCAGAGUAUGCAGGAUAAGAGGUAUUUUUAUCAGCCUCUGUCUCCGAAGUUUAAAUCCUGUUAAUAGAAAAUAAAAUAUAUAUGAAUCUAUAAUUAUAUAUGUAAUGUAUGAAAUGCAACUGAAAUUCAAUUUUAAGGCCACAAAAAUGUAUUUAUUUUGUGAAUUCCUAAAUUCUGUACAAAACGAGGCACAUUUGUUUUCUCUUUCCACGCGAGGGAAGAUUCAGAGUAUGAGUGGUGAAAACAGGAAGCUAAUUUAGUUUAUUUUCCUCAUGUGUAGCAUUCCAUGAUAUAACCAGCGGAAUUCCCAACAUUCAUUAUUCUGUCUUCUUUCUGUGAAUACUUGCUACAUCUGAUUUGAAUAUUUACUGAAUGUGCUUAUUUUGUUCCCACUUUUCAGCAGAUAAACGUUUUUUUUUCCAUCAGUAAAGUAGUCCAGGAUACGCAUUCAGAAUAUUAUGUUUUGUUUAUUGCAUAGUGUAUCAAUUGUAUCAAUCAUUACUGUUUAAACUCUUUUAAGGGGAUUUCUUUCUUUCUUUUGGACACAAAAAAGCCUCUUUUUAAAAAAUGUCUGCACUUUUUAAGUUUAUUUCCUUCCUCGUUUCCACCCUGUUGUCUCACAAGACUUGUCUGUGCUUUCUGGUUUUUUUUUUUUGUUUUUGUUUUUUUUUGGCUGUCCCUUAAGAACCUCUCAGGCCAGCCAUCUGAUUGGCUCCCUGUUCCUGAAGGAAUGAAGCCAUAUUGAUUCCUGAAGGGUAUCAAGGCUAAAUUGGUCGUAGUUUCCAGCCAGACUGUAGCUGUGAAGCGAGCUUGUUCAGACAUUCUGACCUCCACCCUCAGCACAGGAGUUAAAGGCUGCUUUACAACCUCAUCAGCCAAAGAUCUCCACAUCUGCAGGCACUCUGAAUGUACGCUUGUGUUUUAAAGCACAUGCUGGUGCAAAUGUUUGGACAAUCAUUAAUUACACUGGUUGAUUUAUGUUCAAAUCCCUCAGGCUUUCAGCUGGAGUCUGCUUUCUUACAGCUUCUUUUUUAGGUUUCAUAUUGUAUAUAUUCUUAUACGUAGCUGGCUUUAUUUUCUUACAACACCACUGUUUUCUGUCAAAUGUUUGUCCACUGCACGCUUUUUGUUGCUUCCAUUGUCCUGGGUUACUUUAUGCUGAACUUAGAAAAGAUUUUUAAGAAAAAGUCAAUAUGCUAAUUAAAAAAACUUUCUUUGCUGGC